AUGGAGACCAGAGAGGAGCCUAGGAUCACAGGGAACUGCGGGAAGAAGGGAGCAGAUGGAGCAGAGAGAGCAGAGAGGUGUUCCAAGGCUCGGCAACAGGAGAGGCUCGGCGCCGAGGCUGCUAGGUGUGUACAGGAGGCACGGGAGGGAGGACCGGCAUCGGCUGGAGGAGCUGACAGAGAAUCUGGAGGAUGGGGAGGUGCUGAGAACGCUGGUGAUAGCAACAGCAGCGGUAUGGGGUAUGCUGGUCCUGCGUGGUUACCCGGUCAGAUUCUCCAGAAUCAAAUCGGCGGGGAGCAGAGGUCGUUUGAUGCGCAACAUGGUGUGCGGGUACCGGUCUAUGUGGAUGGUCUUGGUAUGAUGGGACUGGAUAGUGGGCUGAUGGGUGGUGUGGUUGGUGCUAUGGGUGGUGCCAUGGGUAGUGAGAUGGAUGGGGACACGGAUGGGAAUGGGGUGGUGGAAGGGUCAGGGUCGGUGGACUUUGGAGCAGGUUUGAGGCGUUUUCCAUCGGGAUUGGAGGGACUGGAGGGGGUUGGGUCUGCGGGUGUGGAGAUUCGUGGGUUGGGAGCGGUGGUGAGCGGUGGAGCGGGGCGGGUGGAGGAGGAGGAUGUGGAGGCGGAGCUGCUGGCGAUGGAAGCAGCGGUUGAGUUCAACGUGAGGGUGGUGACAUGUCAGGGGUCCCCUGUGCGCUGGCACAACUGCCACGUGUGCGUGCGGCCCAAUGCGGUGCUGCUGGAUGCAGCUGGGUGCAUUGUGGUGGACGGGAGGGAGCUUCAUGCACAAGACGGCACUCCGGCUGUUUUAGAGGAGCAGGGCGAGUCUCUGAUCCACGCAGUCAUCGACUUUUCUCCGCCUCUGCUGCACCUCUCCUUCAUCCACGCGUUUCUCGACCUCGACCCGCGGGCUGUGGUGCUGCAAGAAACCGCUGUGAGGGUGAAUCGAUGGCUGAGCGAUCGCCAGAACCAGCACGAAGUGAUUGCACGGUUCCUCACUUGCGAUAGGCGGUUAUGA